AUGGGCGGCGAUAGUGCCCAGGCGAUCGGCCGCGCCAGCAGGCCGUCUACCGACAAAUUGGGCACCAGGCCUCCUCUGGGCUGCUGGGAAUUCCCGCUGAGCCGAGCGGAGAAGGUGCAUCUACUCUUGGACCUUUACAGCAUGGAGGUGCAGGCCUGCCAUUUGGAGGUGGCCAAGCUGAAAGCCAGCGAUAGCUCCAGCAGCGGAUGCAGCCGCAGGAAAGCAGGAUCCAAGCGGCGCAAGUUCGGAGCCGGGGCGCUGGGCAGAGACGAUGACUCCGAAGAUGGGGAGGGAGGCAACCUCCCGCACGGUUAUGCAAAGUGGGCAAGCCCUCGCCAAAAGAUCUACAGUAUACUAACCUCAGAAAAGACUGACUGGUUCCUUGCGACCAUGAUUCUGUCGAGCUUAGUCAUCCUCAUUGUGGAUGCAGACCUGACAGCAAAGACCGAGCAAGGAUUGACGAAUGAAGAAAAGUUCGCAGCUGACAUCACCACAAUCAUCUCCACUGCUUACACCUGCAUCUACGCUGUUGAGAUGGUCGGCCGGCUCUAUGUAUUUCGCAGGGAUGUGUUCAGAAGCGCAAUGCUCUUUGAUUUCUUGAUUGUUACCGCAGAUGUAGCUUUGCUCAUUGGCGACUUGACGUUAGGAAACUCUCCGCAGCUAUCCUUUCUGCGGAUGUUCCGCUUGGCACGCUUAUUUCGCUUUGUCAGGGUGGUGGGCAUGUUCCCAGAGCUGCAAUUCCUGGUGAAGGGCUUCAUAUCCUCUUUCUCGGCAGUGUUUUGGGGCUCCAUCCUGAUGUGGGUUGUUAUCCUCAUGUGGGCAAUCAUCGCAGUUUACUGGAUUCACCCUGUGAACCAAAGCAUCAUGAACGAGAAGGCAGAAGGUUCAUGCGGUCGGGAAUGCCGCGCAUGGGCUUCUGUGUGGUAUUCAGUGAUCACCUUGUGCCAAACUGUUGUCUUCGGCGACAGCUGGGGCGCCACCGCCAUCGAGAUUAUCGAGCGAGAGCCAUGGACGCUGCUUUUUUUCGCCGGGAUGUAUGGGACGAUCACGCUCGGGGUGCUGAACCUCAUCGUCGCUGCCAUCGUUGACAGUGGGGCCCAAGCUCGUGAGGAGGCCUUGGAAGCCAAGAGGAGAAGGCAGCGAAUUGAGGAACUUCGCCAAAAGGAGCGCCAGAAGAAUCGUUUGCUAGAGAUUUGCCAGAUCCUGGAUGACGAUGAGAGUGGCUCAUUGUCCUUCGAAGAGCUGCUGACAGGGUAUGAGAAGAAUGCAGAGUUCAGGGCUGCUAUGAAGGACUACAAUAUCGACCGCCGGGAGCUGGACGUAUUGUUCCGGGUCUUCGAUGAAGAUGGGGCAGGAGUGCUGGACUACCAGGAGUUUUUCAAUUUGAUUGACAGUGCAAGAGAGCAGGCCUCUCAGCAGGUGCUGACCUUCGUUCGCUUCGCUGUCAUGGACCUGCGGAAGAGCAUCGAAGCUGGGCAGGACCAGCUGAAGAGUGAGCUGGAUCUCAUCAAGGACUUUGUUCUUUCGGCGGAGCACUCCUUGAACGAGAGGAUUUGUCGCUUCUCUGGGGAGCCGCCGCCGACACGAAAGGCCCUCCAGCCACUGCCUGCUGCCAAAAUGAUUGAGCAGAGCAGCCCGCAAGCCGUAAGACACAACGGAGCAGAGCACCGAGGAGUUCGCCACGGACCUCCCGCUCGCCCUCAAUGA